AAAAAAAUAUCCGCUCCAUUGGAUCCGACUCCUUAAACCUUCUCUGAAUUGUCACACUCCUUAGAGGCUUAGACAGAGCAAAGGCGAGGAAGAAGAAGAUGGUGAAAGCUGUCGUCGGAGAAGAAUCACGGCUAAAGUUAAUCGAAGAUCGGCUCAGCCAAGCCGCUGUUCCCUCUCAGGUAGGUCUUGUAAUCGGGAAAUUGAGCAAGAGCUUAGACAAAGGCUUCGUUUUCGAUUUAAUUCCGACUCCCCUGAACGACGCUGGUGAACCAGCUUCUUCACUAAUUGAGAGCGGUAAAGAUGAUGGAAAUAAGAAGAAAGGUUCCAAAAGCAAGCCUCAAUCCGACUCCUCGGCUUUGGUUAUCGACAGAGAUUGGGUUUCCGAACACGCUCGUCAGGUCUCGAGAAUGCUGCUUGGUGGGAUGAAGGUUAUUGGUGUCUAUAUAUGGGUCAAUGAAAGCUCCUUCAAGAAUUCAACAAUUACACUUUGUCAGACUGUAAAAGGAGUCUCUGAUGCAGUGCCCUUUAUGGACACUGAUAUGGAUGAGAGACUGCUCAUCCACAUUAGUUACAGUCCCAGAAGAUGGACCUGUCGAAAUUGUUCGCUGGCUUCUAACAUUACAUCAAGUAGUUUACGGCCUUGUGAUUUCAAAAUGGGAAAAGUUUUGUCUUCCUUGAAAGAAUUUAGGUGCACAUAUAACUUUGAUAUGAGGUUACCAGUUUUCUCUGAAAAUGGAUCAAGUAUCAGAAAAAUGAGUGAAGUUCUUCGUCGUGGACUUUCAACGCAUGCCAAAGAGCUUAAAGGCGCAAAGUGUUUGAUUAAUGGAAGACUGGGGAUUGAAGAUGAGCAAUAUGCACCAGAUGGUUUACAUGAAGUUGAAUUUCUCCUACCUUUCAUGCACGAGAAAUCUUUAGAAGUAUACAGGCAGACAGAGGUGGUUGGUGUCCUUGUCUUUCAUGGUUCUGUGUGCUCUUUUGCAUACCUGAAUCCGAAGGAACCGAUGUCACAAGCUUUGAAUGAGAUAAAGGAAGACAUAAUCAUGAGUUUGCAAAGUAGAUUGGAGAUCUUGUGUGAUGAGGCAGACAGAGAUUCAGAAUCAAUAAUUGAUGAAGAUCAGGGAGCAGGCCGUCAUUUGUCAAUGGGAAAACAAAUUCCGCAGCUUGACCUACAAUUGCAGAGAGAAUUCUCAAACCUGUCAUUUCCUCGAAGAGUAUUCAUUCCAUGGCUGGCGGGUACAUACAUCUGUGACUACAUUCUGCCAUCUGAAACAAUUGAGGUUCUCAAAGAUCAUUGUGUUGAGCUGAUGUCCAUGGAAGCUCCAGAAGAUGAUUCAGCAAUUUUGGGGCUGGAAUCUGAAGCCCUUUCCGUAACCUCUGCCAGCAAGUCUUUUUGGGACAUUGCUAGUCAGUUAUCUUCAGAAUCUAAGCCGGAUGGUUUAAUCUCAAAGAAGAGUAAGAAGGAAAGGAGCCCCGGGACAUCACAGCUGGCUAAAUUAGGUGAUUUGAGUAUAGUUGCAGCCUUCUUUGUUCUUAUAUUCUCUGUGGUAGUGGGUUUGGCUUUAUUUGUUUUCAGAUCACAAUAAUAUUGAAGUUCAAUCCAGACGUGCCAAGGCUGUAUGUAGAAACUUUUCUUCUUGUCUGAUUGGAUACUAUCCACCAAAUCAAAAUUUUGGAGAAACAGAGUUAGAUUUUGAACUUAUAGUAAGCAACUGUUGUAACCACAUUUUGAGAAUUUUCAUUUUAAAAGGAUAAUAUGAUCAGUGGAGGAACAUUGAUCAUUAUUUCACUGUCA